AUGCAUUUAUCAUUGGAUACCAUGAGUGCGGUGGAUGACAGCUGCCUCUCGCCCAGUAACUUCCACGAGAUGGUUAAAGGAGGGGGGGCGGCGAUGGGCGGCCGCGUCCACAGCAUUGAUGUCAUCCUGGGCUUCAGCAAAGACCAGGACCCCCUGCUCACCCCCUCUGAGGGUCCAGGACCACACAAAGUGGGCGUGGAUGGCCUGGGGGACCCUGGGAAGCAGGACCUGUCACACCCCUAUGGGCACCUCUCAGAACAGGAGUCCUACCAUGAUUCAGGACUGUACUCAGAUAAGUGUGAUGGGGACAUGAGUGAGCUGAGGAAGAAUGUGGACAGCAACGGUGGGAAGAGUCCAGAGCCCUGUGAGGAAGAGCGGCCCAAGAAGAAGCACCGACGCAACCGCACCACCUUUACCACCUACCAGCUGCACGAGCUGGAGCGUGCCUUUGAGAAGUCCCACUACCCUGAUGUGUACAGCCGUGAGGAGCUGGCCAUGAAGGUUAACCUCCCUGAAGUCAGAGUUCAGGUGUGGUUUCAGAACCGCAGAGCCAAAUGGAGGCGCCAGGAGAAGCUUGACGCCACCACCAUGAAGUUGCACGACUCACCCAUGCUCUCAUUUAACCGGCCGUCCAUGCACAGCAAUAUGGGGCCCAUGAGCAACUCCCUCCCAUUGGACCCUUGGCUGACCUCCCCUCUGUCCAGCACCACCCCAGUUCACAGCAUCCCAGGCUUCAUGGGCACAGGCCAGGGACUGCAGGGAGGCUACCCCAGCCACAGCUUCCUCAACAGCCCUCCACCCAUGGGCCAGGGGAUGCAAUCCAUGGCACCUCCUCCGUACCAGUGUUCCGGUCCCUUCACCGAUAAGUAUCCAAUGGAGGACGUGGACCAGAGGAGCUCCAGCAUCACAGCGCUGAGGAUGAAAGCCAAGGAACACAUCCAGUCCAUGGACAAAACCUGGCAGCCCAUGUGA